AGGGAGAGAGCAAGGGAGGGAGGGAGAGGGAGAGAGAGUAUAGAUUGUGUAUUAAUGUUCAGUGCAGCGUUGGACUGAGGUUCUGCUGUUCAGAGCAGGUCUCUGUGCACCCAAACCCGUGUACCUUGAGAAAGAGCAGCCAGGAACUACUCUAAAGAUUUUUAUUUUUCACUUUACAUUCCUGUUGUCAAUGGUCUUAAUGUAUUUGUGGACUGCACAUGGUGUUUCACCAAGAUCCCCCCUUCUUGUGUAGCGGACUCGGAUCGGAAGUAGGUUUGUUCCAGCCACCCCCUUGUUCUGGGAGGGGAGGGGUUAACGGGCUCCAAUGAGGGUGGGCUGUCUCUCCUUCCGCCAGCCCUACGCUGGUCUCAUCCUCAACAGCGUGAAGACGGUGGAGACUCGCUGGAGGCCUCUGCUGGCAGAGCUGCACCACUGCACCCUGGCUAUCCACGUCGCUUACAAGGACUGGGAAGGCUCGGAUUGGAAAGACAUCCUCACUCACACAGUGGGGAUGACCCCGCACCAGAUACAGGCGUUGGUGCAGGAGGGGGAGCGGUUCGGCAGAGGAGCAAUUGUCGGAUUAGUUGAUGUUGGCGAUACCUGGCAAUGCCCCAGUGGUGCAGACCCGGAGGAAGUGAAGGAGCUGGAGAAAAGAGCUAUUCUGCGCGGGCUGGAACAGAAGUAUCUCACCAACUUGUCCAAUCCAAGGUGGCUGCGGGAACCAAUACCAGCCAAAGGACACAAGGAUGUGUGGAUGGUGGACAUCCCUGAUGAACUGAUCCCCUGACCAUCUCUGGCAACAAGUGGCAUCUCGACUGAGAUGCGGUGGGGUGGGGGGAGAAACAUGUCAACAUCCUGCGCUGAGUUACUGGUUAUUAGUUUUUGGUUUAAUAUUGUCAGUGCAUUACAGAGUUUAGAGUCCAGUUUAUUAUUGUCGCUUAUACCGAGGUACAGUGAAAAGCUUUUAUCUAGCGUGCUGUCCAAACAGCCAAAAGACUAUACAUGAUUACAAUCACGCCGGCAACAGUGUACAGAUACAGGAUCAAGGGAAUAACGUUUAGAGCAAGAUAAAGUCCAGUAAAAUCCGAAUAAGGAUAGUCCGAGGGUCUCCAAUGCGGUAGAUAGUAGGUCAGGACCACUCUCUGAUUGGUGAUAGGAUGGUUCAGUUGCCUGAUAAAAGCUGGGACAAAACUUCCUGAAUCUGGAGGUGUGCGUUUCCGCACUUCUCAACCUCUUGUGUGAUGGGAGAGGGGAGAAGAGGGGGGGUGAGACUCGUCCUUGAUUAUGCUGGCGGCCUUGCCGAGGCAGCGUGAAUGGUAUUAUUUGUGGCGGAAUGCAUCAGAAUACUGUACUGGCACCUGCUAAGAGUUUAAAAACUAGACUUUCACAAUUUUGGGAAUUUUUAAUUUUACAAAAGGAUUAUAAACUUUUUUUUAAAUUCAAAUGUAUUCGUAAAAUUAGGCGUUCAGGACCUUAAACAGCUUCAGCAGCUCAUAGGACAAUGAUCUGCCAGUGUAUGGUAAUUGUCUCCAUUUAAAAGGAGACUCAAAAACAAGGAGACCUGGGGAUGUUUGUAAGCAAAUCUUUGAAAAUGCAGGAUUCGUUAGCAAGGCAUCCAAUAUAAUAUAUCCUAUUCUGGCUCUAUAAACAUAAGCAGAGAAUGUAAUCUCAACUGCAGAGCAUAUGCCAAUAAAACACUUUGUUGUGUC